AUGAGCUACAGACCAGAUCACCUUAGUGGACCUGUCGCCGAGGGUAUUGGUCUUCGAUUUCUGAAUGAAGAAUGGAACGAUAGUAUCUCGAAUGGCCAUCUUUUUACGAUUCAGUGGAAUCAGUCCCUAGAUGAAGAUCGAUUACCUGAGCUUGGACUAUUCAGGAUUACGUACCCCAGAAACGGCGAUGUUGUAUAUGAGCUGGUCUCGAAUCUGACAGAUGGUAUGAAUAAUGCGAAUGCGACGUGUUUAUGGACACCAAACCACUUGGAUGAUGAAUUAUAUACCCUCUGGCUUUCAUCUUCUCGAGAUUCUCGCGCAAGCUGGACGGCUUCUCCGCCUUGGAGGCUGAAAGAACAUUUGUUGACCAGAGAACAGUCGCAUCACCCUCCCCGUCGCUGGGCCGCACCGGUUGUUAUCCCCAUUUUGAUAAUGUUGACAGUGUACACAUUGGGGCUCACCCUCUACGUUAUAUAUCGACGCCGCCGAAAUGCGAGGCGUGAAAAAGAGAGCAGCGAAGGGGAUGAUGCGGACAAGGAGAGCGCAGAGUCGCCUUGCCUUCUUGGAGACGCAGACAGGCACCCAUCGGUCGACACCACGGCUACACUAGCUGCGGAUGACGAGGAGGAGGUCAAGAAGCCGCAGAUCUGGCUUCUGACACAAUCUGCUUCCGGGUCUCUUCUGCUGGCAUCUCCACGCGGAAAGGAUUCUGACUCCGAUGCCACACUGCUCUCGCCCACGUCGCUAUCGUCGGAGCCCCUUUUGGCGUCCAUGUCCCCCAUCAGCUUAGCAGAGCCAAGCCACACGAGCAUGCGAUCUGAAGGGCCGUUUAUUGCCCUGCCGAAUCCGAGGGAUCAUAGGGCCGUUGUUGCCAGCAGGCUGGGACGUUCGCUGAGAGUCAUUGUGCCGUCUGACGAUGUGCGAGAGUGA